ACAGGACUCAGUCUAGUCCCGAUGGUGACGUCGUUAGGAUAAAAAUAAUAUAUUUAUAUUAAAAUUAUUUUUUAGUGUUUACAAAAUGACAAAGUUUUUUUAUCUGUUUUUGUUAUGUUUAGUGCCGAUGGAAGCUCAGUACACCUUCUCCCGCCUAAAGCCGACCAGGUCUUGCGGCAGACCCGAGAUCGAACACGGCACCGCGCGUCUAAAACAACGCGGAAGAAUGGCGCGAUACGAGUGUUACUCUGGCUACCAGCUGGUGGGGGACAAAUAUGCGACUUGUCUGGGUGGCAAGUGGGAUAUGCCGAAGCCUGUUUGUGUCCGUAGCGGCUGCACGAUGCCUAAAAUAGACAACGCCAUCAUCCUGCCCACACACAAGAACGCGUGGCUAAACAUCUUCUGUCUCCCCGGCUACACAGGCUCUGCUACGCUCUUCUGUGACGGCCAGAAGUGGAAUGGAACUGUCCCUGUUUGCGUAUCAGAUCCCGCACUGGUCGAGCUAUCUUGUGACUUCGAGAGCCCUUCUCUCUGUGGUUGGACGCAAGACUCACGCCACGACUUUGACUGGACGAGAAUCAAUAAGAAAACGCCGAGUUCCUUCCUGUUUACUGGGCCAGCGUAUGAUCAUACCUUCGGGGAAGGAAAGCAAGGUUACUACAUGUACAUCGAAAGCUCAUCUAAGGCUGAGAACGACACGGCCCGUCUCAUCUCUCCCGUGUACGCUGGGGGCUUGGAGAAGAAUGGCUGUUUCUCGUUCUUUUACCAUAUGUAUGGCAGAUCCAUAGGCGGUCUCCGCGUAUACCAAAUACCUGAAAACCAGAAGGAUCAGGUCCUGGACGAGGAGACGAGAGAACAGUACCUCCUGUUCGAAAAGUGGGGGAACCAGGGGGAUGAGUGGUUCAGAAACGUGUCGUACCUUAAGGACGUUUCUGAUAAUUUCCAGAUAGUAAUCGAGGGUAUCCGAGGCACGAGCUUCACCAGUGACAUCGCCAUCGACGACGUAGCCAUCCUGUCGGGUCCCCAAUGUGAGCAGGCUUUCGCUUCCGCCGUCACCCCUGCUGAAGAUAUUCCGGAUUCCUGCGCCGGCCGCUGCUCGGAGCAGUUUACCCCUCACCGAGGCUGCGGUUGCAGCACAAGCUGCAUCAGCGACAGUGACUGCUGUGCUGAUUUUCUUGACGUCUGCGUUUUUAACUCGGACGUUGGUAAAUACGACGACGACACAACAGUAAUAACUCCAUCAGACGCGCCAAGAACAGAAAAACUUAUAUUCACUACCAUCCCUACCACUACUACUACCACUACCCCUAAACCUAGUACCACAACCACUACCACUACCCCUAAACCUACUACACCAAAACCUAAACCUACAACUAGUAAACCUACUACAAAACGCCCUAGACCCACAACUAUACAAAGAAUUGAAGCAACACAUACACCUGUAAUCACAGUAAAGACUACGGUUAAAGUGACGAAGGCGGUUACUACUACUGCAAGGGGAAUAACUGCAGAGGUACGGAGAGACGUGGAUAGAGCGACGCAUGCUAGUGAAUCUAAGAAGAUUGUGCAAGAUAAAUCAAAAGGAGCCAGCGCAGCAGCAGGCGUUAUAACACUACUUAUCUUCUGCGUGCUAAUCGUGGGCGCUGCGUUAGCGGCGCGGAGCGCGCGCGGCCGCGCGGCUAUCGCGCGGAUACGCGGGCGCGCGUCGAGCGACCCGGAGGUGCGGUAUCUCACCAGUGACCAUGAUUAAACGAUUAGAAGAGA